CAGCGAUCGCCAAUGCGCUGUGUCUCUCGGACACAGUGGAUCACAGGAAAGAGCCGAAGAUGUCGGCUCGGUCAUGUGAUCAGCUGUGUCCAAUCACAGCUCAUCACAUGGCACUGAUGAUCAGUGUGCCCUGAUGAUCAGUGUGGCCCAAAAAGUGCCACCAGUCAGUGUCCAUCAGUGCUCAUCAGCGCCACAUCAAUGCCACAUAGUGCAUAUCAGUGCCCAUCUGAGCUGCCUUUCAAUGUCACCCAUCAGUGCCAGUCAGUGCCGCCUAUCAGUGCCAGUCAGUGCUGCCUAACCGUGCCAGUCAGUGUCGCAUAUCAGUGUCAUGUAUCAGUGCUGCCUUUCAGUGCCCAUCAGUGCAACCUACCAGUGCCUCCUCAUCAGUGCCCAUCAAUGCCACCUAUCAGUGUCCAUCAGUGCAGCCUCAUUAGCGCACAUCAGUGAAGGAGAAAAAUCACUUAUUUACAAAAUUGUAUAA